AUGGCGCAACGCGGGCAGUGGGAAAGCGAAAAUGUAAUUGAGAGCUUCUUCGAACAUACCGUGCUCCGAUGGAUCCGCCGGAUUGUUGCUCGUCAGGCGGAUGCCUACUUCAAGUUUGUGGGCCAAAAUAUGAUCUCGUUGCUGAAUCGCAAGUGGAGGAUGUAG